CAUUUCAUUACUAUUCUCUCUCUCUCUGUUGUUGCUCGCUGUUCUUCUCUGUUCAUUCCCUUUUUCAGCUUAAGCCCUUAAUCAAACAAUUAUUAUUCCUUUUUCUUUUUCCUCUCCGCAGAAAUUUUUCUUUCCUGCAACUCAGUUCGCUUCCUUGCUUUGCUCAUCGGUUUUUCCACCUCCCUGAAGAAGUGAUGAGUGCGUUUUAGUUCACAGUCUCCGAUUCUCAUGAAAGCUUUUAGAUCUGAGGCUUGUUCCUGCGAGCAGUGGUCUUUUUCUGUUCUUUGACUUCUCUGCAGCCAUUGUAGUGGCGAACGCCAGUUCUCAGAGUAGCGGCGACGGGUAGCUGGUGUUCUUCCCCGCGAUUGGGUUUGUUUUUUUCUCAAGAUUCUAAGUCUGGGAUUUGGGAAUUGAAGCGAGGAAGGUCUGCUGAAAUGCUGGAGGUUGGAAGCCCUACGGUCCUUAGUUUCCGUACGAACACUACUUGUAAUGCUCUUCUCAGAGAGCUUCAGCAAAUAUGGGAUGACAUUGGUGAGUCUGAGACCGAGAAAGACCGGAUGUUAAUGGAGCUGGAGAGGGAAUGCCUUGAAAUUUACAGGAGAAAAGUUGAAGAGGCCUCGAAUUCUAAGGCACGGCUUCAUCAGUCUGUUGCAGCCGUUGAAGCUGAAGUUGCUUCUCUAAUGGCCGCUCUCGGGGUCUUAAACAUGCAGUCACCGAUUAAAGCUGGGAAGGGAUCAAAAUCUUUGAAAGAAAAGCUCGAGGCCGUGAAACCUCUAGUGGAAGACUUGAGAUUGCAGAAAGAGGAAAGAAUGAAGCAAUUUGCAGAUAUAAAGGCACAAAUUGAGAAAAUCAGUGGAGAAAUCUCGGGGUACAGUGACCAACUCAACAAGGCCAUGAUCAGUUCCUUGACUCUCGAAGAGCAAGAUUUGUCUCUUAGGAAACUUAACGAGUAUCAGACACAUCUCCGUACCCUGCAGAAGGAAAAGUCUGAUCGUCUGAACAAGGUUUUGGAUCACGUGAACGAAGUCCACACUCUAUGCGGUGUUCUGGGAAUUGACUUUGGUCAAACAGUUAGUGAGGUUCACCCAAGUUUACAUCGGACAAACCAUGAGCAAUCUACAAACAUUAGUGAUAACACAUUGGGUGGCCUAGAACACACGAUACAGAAGCUCAAAGCGGAAAGGAGAGCCCGAUUUCAAAAGCUCAAAGAUAUAGUAACAUCACUUUUUGAGCUGUGGAACCUGAUGGACACACCACAGGAAGAGAGAAUUCGAUUUGCCCAUGUCAUUUCUGCUGUAAGAUCAUCUGAAUCCAGUAUCAACGAGCCGGGCAUCCUUUCAACCAAGACAAUUGAACAGGUUUCAGAGGAAGUAGACUGUCUCAGCAAGCUGAAAGCCAGCAGAAUGAAGGAGCUUGUGAUGAAAAGAAGGUCGGAGUUAGAGGAUCUCUGCAGAAUGGCUCAUAUUGAGCCUGACACGAGCACUUCGGUUGAAAAAUCUAUUGCGUUGAUUGAUUCUGGAUUGGUGGACCCUUCAGAGCUCCUGGCUAAUAUCGAAGUGCAGAUUAACAAAAGCCAAGAAGAAGCACAGAGUCGGAAAGAAAUAAUGGAUAGGAUUCAUCGCUGGCUCUCUGCCUGCGAAGAGGAAAACUGGUUGGAGGAAUAUAAUCAAGAUGAGAACCGGUACAGUGCUGGAAGAGGUUCACACAUAAACCUCAAGCGUGCAGAACGAGCCCGGGUUACAGUCAGCAAAAUUCCAUCAAUGGUUGACACUCUCAUUAAGAGGACGCUUGUCUGGGAAGAAGAAAGGCAGAAGCCAUUUCUAUAUGACGGUGUUCGGUUGGUCUCUAUACUGGAAGAUUACCAAAUGACAAGAAAACAACGAGAAGAGGAAAAGAAACGAUUUCGGGAUCAGAAAAAGAGUCAAGACCUGCUACUAACCCAGAGGGAAGCUAUUUACGGGUCAAAACCGAGUCCAAGAAGAAGCAACAGCUUCAGAAAAUCAUACGGGAACGGGUCAAUGACGGCUACCCCCCGCAGAAACUCGGUCGGGACGACCACUCCUGACCUCCUGACCCCGAGAUCCUACUCGGGUCAGCGCCAGAACGGAUAUUUCAAGGAAGUGAGGAGGCUCUCUACUGCUCCAAUAAACUUUGUGGCAAUACAAAAGGAAGAUACAGUCUCUACUUACACUUCUAUUUGCGGUUCCGAGCCGGACUCCCCUCCACAGGGCUGACUCUCUCUCAAUCAGACAAGACACCUUUCAGACGAGGAACCGCAGAGCUUUAGAUUGGGAAUGGAAGAGCAGAGUCAAUGUGAAUACAGAUAAAGGGUUGUACACUGAAGUGAUAGCGUGGGUGUGGGUGUGACUUUUGAGUGUUUCGAAGUGUUUUCCUCCUUCUUAGUACAAAAAAACAUAACAACUGAGUUGCUGACGUUUUAGUGCUUUAGGACAAGAGUAUAAAAAGUGCAUAAUGCAUCUUCUUUUGA